AUGCCGCUGAUAGAGCAGUUCGCAUAUCGCCCACUCGAAAGUGUUGAACAUACCCGCCUCCUCCAAAUCUCAUCGAAUCUAGAAGAUGGUCUCAUCAGCUGUACUAUCACCCAUCACGACCUGCCGACUCAUUAUAGAUGCCUAUCUUAUAUGUGGGGCUCGGAAGCUUCUGCCAACAACAUUCGGCUCAACGGCAAGUCUUUCAGCGUUCGAGAUAAUUUGUGGCAAUUUCUCCAUCGUGCACGAGAGUUUUGCCCCAACCAGCCGUUAUGGAUAGACGCACUGUGCAUUAAUCAGGAGGACAUUCCAGAAAAGAACUACCAGGUCCAACAGAUGUCCAAGCUGUACGCCGGCGCUAGCGAGGUGUUGAUGUGGCUGGGACAGGACCCAAAACUUGACAUUGCAUUCAAUACUGCCAACGAACUUGCAGAGGCCAGCCAGGCCCUGGGAGUGGAAGAUGAACGAAUCUUGUACAGCCGGCGAAAGGAGAGUGGUCCACUCAAGACGAAAGUAUUGGACGCCAAACACGCCAUCAUUACACGAACGUUCUUGCUCGACCCUGAUGCAUUUCUGGAUAGCUUCGAGUCGCUCAUCCUCAAUGACUACUAUACGCGGGCCUGGAUCUCUCAAGAGGUCAUCCUAGCAAAGUCUCCACUUCUCCUCACUGGCCAUCGCGCGAUGCACUUGUAUUUCUUUUACCGGCAGUUCACCGUCCCGGGAACCGAUCCUGGUCGUCUUUAUACGCUGCCAGACCGCAUCGUUGAUCUCCUACAACAUACCAAUAUGGCGCAUCUGAUCAUCUCUUGGCAUGCUCGGUUCACAGGCAACGAUAUACCAUCUCUACGAGAAGCCCUAGAGGACUUCCAUAAACUAGGGUGCUCUGACGUUCGUGAUAGGAUUUACUCGCGACUAGGACUGAUCUCGGGGGGUGCCCAAUUCAAGGUGGACUACAAUGAGGACUGCCAGUCCUUGUUCUGGAGAGCCGCUGAUCACUUCCUCCGGCAUUCCCGAGACGACACGCUCGAGGUAGCAUCUUUUGAUCACUUACGUCGGCUGAUGAUGGCUCUACAGCUAAACGUCAAAGAUCUUAGAGCGGGGCUGAAGCGAGGAGAUCCAGCAGUUGUGUAUCAUCUUGGGGACGUGCGACGCUUGGACCCUACGCAGACAUUGCCAGACUCGGCGGACUUUUGGAAUGGUGCCCAGAUGUCGUGUGAGCCAAUGCCGGCGAAAUCUCUGACAGACAGCGACCAAGUCUCGCCGAUCAGCGAGCAAAGAGCCUUUGUCAUAGCAUGCACAAGUCAUAGCUGGGACAAUCCUCACGCACAUUUAUGCUUUCGCCCCAGUGCAGACGGGGUAUACCAAGCUGCUGCCGUGAUCGAAGAACACCGAGAUCUAUUCGAGCAGGCGGUAUUGUAUAGAGCGACAGACGGUGGCUUAACUGAGGUUAAAGUUGAGCAGUUUACACCCUUUCGCCACGCAGGGACGGACCUUGCCGAACCACCAGCCUGGAUAUACGCGGUCCAAAUCUCCAGAGAAGCUGUACUUUGGAUCCUGGAGCAUAGUCUCCCGCUCGACGGAGAUGCAGAACGUAACUUGCAUUCGCGCGAAACGGACAUCGACGCAGUGGUAAGGCGAUUCAGACGCGCAGGACAAGAAUUGCUCGAGAAGCACAGAAAUGAGACUACGUAA